CAAAGCAAAGCACAAAAAGAAACACAGGCAACAACAUAGCUAGGCUGCAAAUCAUGACUUGAACACAGGAUGGCUUUUUUAGUAGACAUGCGCAGAAGCUUUGCAGCUCUCUGUCUCUCAUUGCAGCCCUUUGUCACGUGACUGGGCGAGAGAGUGAGACUCCACUCUAUAUUCUAUAGAAACAAAGACACAUUACACUCUCUCUAUAACUAAAACCAAGGCUUUAGCUUGAAGAGAUUGGAAGGAUAUGAUUACAGCUACUUGUUGCUGGGUUUUUCUUUGAAUUCACAACCGUGAGAUCCAGUGGGGAUUGUGGAUCUGUUAAUGGAACUGGAGAUGGAGUUGGAUUCUGAGAAGAGUAGCACCUCAGAUCUGAGUCCUAAUACUGUUCUUCCGCAUCGACGUUGCUCAAAAGCAGAAAAGAGAAAUGCAAAUGGCAAACUCACACGUAAAGAUGAUAUUUUGAGGAUGAAGGAGGGCUUCACUGACAUUAGCUUCCGUCAUUACCGUAGUUCCUCUUGUAAGAAUGUUCCUUGUAGACCUGUCGGUCUACAAGGUAACAUAGAGCUGAAGCGAGGCUCCAUAUAUCAAAGCUCCAGAGAAGUAAGGAGAACGAAGGAAAUGGGUUCUAAUGGGGGGAGGAGAGCAAUUGAACUUUCCCGUGCUAGUGACACCUCGUUUUCUUUCAGAAUUGUUGACUCUCUGUGUAGCUUAGAUGAAGAAAGCAUGCCGAAGAGAUCUCUUGCAAGCUCUGUGAACUCAAACUCGAAUUCUAAGUUUGUUCGAAGACCUUGUGUGGAACCACGCUCAUCAGAUGACUUCAUUGAAAUCUGUCCAAAUUUGGAUAAGAGAGACAAACAUUCUGUUGGAGCUGUACGGAGUGACUCGAUUGGGAAUCCAAACUUCAAAUGCGAAAAGGUGGUUGGUCCACUAAAUGAUGGGAAUGAACUUCUGGAAAGAGAUACAGCUCUGACAUUCCACCAAUCAGUCUCUGCUAAGGUAGAAAUGCCCUGUUCACCUUGUUCUUCAGAAAGCGAUUUCUCAAAUGGAGCCAUCUCAAAGUCCCAAUUCAGUCCCAUCCGAAAGAUGUUCGAUCCAUUCACAAAAUCAAAGUCUAUCCGGAGUCCGUUUUGUCAUGUACCUGAACCAAGUGAUGCCAAAACCACUGGGAUGUCAAAAAUGGGAGGGAAUCAGACAUUUCGGAGAUCUUUGUUCCAUGACUUUUCACAUACAGCUCAGAAAUCAGAUUUUGGUUCUCAGAUUGUCAAGAAAGAUCACCAUCAUUCAGCUGUAGUGUGUUCACCAGUUCACCUACAUGGUUGUCUGAAGAUGGAAAUUAAGCACGGGGUGUCUUUUUUCGAGUUCUCAUUGAAUCGCCAUGAAGAAGUUCUGGUGGCUAAGACAUGGAAAGCAAAUAAUGCAUUUAAUUGGGUCUAUACAUUUCACUCCAUUUCCAAUAGAAAAAAGAGCAACGCCACAGGACGGGGGUUGAGUGAUGGAAAUAAGGAAUCGUCGGUGGUGGGGCAGAUGCAAGUUUCAUGUUAUUUAUGUUCAGAAUUAAAAGAUGGGGGGAACUUUGACAACUCUCUGGUGACAGAGUUUGUGUUGUACGAUAAUGUCCAUGCAAGACAAAGAGUUUCUGCUGAAGAAUCCCCUGGAGUUAGACCUGACAUAGGUGCCAAACCAGACUUGGUUGGUGGAAGUCAUGAGAUGGAUGGCAACUCUGAUGCAGCGAAGUUCAAACAUCAACCUCAACAUGCUUUUGAUAGAGGCGACCUUGAUUCUUCCAAUCCUUAUCCAUGGGCAGCUGCAGUUUUGCAUCCAGACCUCGAAAUAGCAGCCGUUGUUAUUAAACUCCCAUUUGCAAAGAAAGAGAGCCUGAAAUACAAAAGGGGGGACAAGGGUAGUGAUAAAAUGCAUUCGAAUCUGCUCAACCUUUCUGUUAGCGAGCAAAGGAUGAAAAUUAUCCGUGAUGAAGAAAAUCAAGAGAAGGUGAAGGUGGUGAUUCCAACUGGAAAACAUAGUUUGCCAAGGGGUGAUGGUCGGGGUCCUUCUUCAUUGCUUGACAGAUGGAGAUCUGGUGGAGGCUGUGACUGUGGUGGCUGGGAUAUGGCCUGUCCCCUUACAGUUUUUGGCAAUCCAGGCAUCCAAUGUGCUGAAGACGAACCACUCUUGGAUAAUCAGCGGCCUUUGGAACUUUUUCUUCAGGGAAUGAAAGAGAAUAAUAUACCAGCAAUGACCAUGACAGUUCUUGAAGAGGGUCGGUAUGCUGUUGAUUUCCAUGCACAAUUAUCCACAUUACAAGCAUUUUCCAUCUGUGUUGCUGUAUUGCAUGGUACAAAAGCCACUGGUGUGACUGGAGAGGAAAGAGGCAAUCGGUUAUCACAUUGCAAUUCACUGAAAAUGCUUAUGGAGGAGGAAGUGAAGUUCUUCAUUGAAGCAGUCACUGAGGAGGAGAAAAGGAAAGCAUCCAAGAAAGUGGAAGGGAUCAAGCAAUCUUACGUGGUUAACCCUCCCUUUUCUCCAAUUGCUCGGGUAUAGCCUCAACGUCAUACUGAAUGCUUCCUCUAGCGAAACUGACCAGGCUUGCAAAGAUCCAGAACCAAAAGAAAUUCAAUGAAGAAAGAGGUUUUCAUGAUCUAAAAGGGUUCGGCAGGAAGCCGGUUGCAGCAAUCUUUGCCAAGGGUGACUAAGCUGGGAGUUUGAAAAUGCUUUUGAAACCCUUGCACAGCUGUGCUCAUCAGAAUACUUCAAUGUAUAGUUUGAUUCUAUUUUGUUCUUCCAUUUUUCAACUAGCUAGAAAUAGUAUAGAAACGUAUCACUGUCCAUAAUUGUAACUUGAUAGGAAGGGAAAAACACUAAUUGGAAAGAUAAGAGGGGGGUCUUGUUCUUAUUUGUAUUAUAUUUGAGGAUAUGGUGCUAAGGGGAGUAGAUAUCAGAUGGUUUUUAGAAGCGUUCAUCACUAAUGUAUUUGGAGGCAGGCAGUUCAAAAUAUUUGUUCACAAAACCAUAUUGUAACUUCAAAAUUUUGAAUAAUGGGUUACUUUAUCCU